UCAAUUGAAACGACCGGCUUGUCGAACCCAAACAGCCAGUUCACCAGUUGCAGUAGUACGAGUCCACAAGACGGUUGGGUUGAAUUUCAGCAUAUACGUCAUCACUGAUCUCUAAGUACACUUUGGAUACAAAUUAUUGACUGAAAAUUUUCGUCUGGGAGAGAGAAGCGACAAGAGAUGGCGGUAGACUGGACUCAACUCCCGCCUGAACUCGUAGAAACAAUCUCCAAAAGCCUCACAAUCUACGCUGAUUACCUCCACUUUCGAGCCGUAUGUCGUACAUGGAGAUCCUCCAUUCCCAGAACCCCCAACCACCUUCCUCCUCAGCUACCAUGGCUCAUGCUUCCUCAAUCCCAAUCCGAUCAAUCUCACCGCGCCUUCUUCAAUCUCUCCACCAACAGAUUCCAUUUCCUCAAUCUCCCCGAGGCCUCCCAUCGGAAGCGCCACUGCGGCUCUUCUCAUGGCUGGCUUAUAAUCCUCGACGAUUCGCCAAUCAUUCUUCUCAUAAACCCUCUCACGCGAGCAAAGUUGUCCUUGCCUCCGGUCUCCAGUUUCCCUAACGUUGUUAGCUUCAAUUACUCUGAUAUUGGUCGAGAAUACGCACUUCGAAAUUCAUUGGGCGAUCGUUGCACUCGUAGCUUGAGGCAAAUGCGGGAUUGGUUCAUCAAGAAAGUGAUUUUAUCAUGUAGCCCGUUGACAGAAGGCAAUUUCGUGGCCAUGGCGAUUCUUAAUCAAACAGGCGAUUUGGCUUAUUGCAGAAAUGGAGACCAAUCCUGGACUAUUAUAGAAAACGCACGCUAUUUUAGCGAAGAUGUUGUAUGUUUUAACGGAUUGUUUUAUGCAGUCAAUAAAGCCGGCCAAAUUGCAGUUUGUGACGUUAAUGGUGAUUCGCCUGAGGUUUGGUUUAUCGAAACGCCUAGGCAACAUGGUGGUGAUUUGCAGUAUCUGGUUAGUUCUGAGAAUGAAUUGUUAUUAGUAACCAGGUAUUUGGAUCUUGAAUUUGAAGUUGAUCAUCCAGAUAUGCAGCCACAUUUAAUCUAUAGAACGAUGCGGUUUGAAGUUUCUAGAUUGGAGUGGGGCGGGCCACGGUGGGCGAGGAUGAGAAGUUUGGGUGAUAAGGCGCUGUUCAUUGGUGAAAAUACUUCGUUAUCAUUGUCAGCUAACGAUUUCUUUGGUUGUAUGGGAAAUUGCAUAUAUUACACCGACGAUUACUCGGAUACUAAUUAUGAUGACCACUUUGGAGAACAUGAUUUGGGUAUUUUCAAGCUAUGGGAUGGAAGCAUUGAAUCUUUGCCUUGCUAUCCGCGACAUUCUCGUUCUCGCUUAAGAUGGCCUCCACCACUUUGGGUUUCUCCCAAUCCAUGCUAAUUUCAGAUCUUUGAAUGUGAGUACAAGUAUCUUUCUUGAUUUGCAUAUUUGUAAUUGUAACUACAUGAAUAACUGGUUUGUCAUCUUUUGUUGUUGUAUAUUGUGCCUGUAUAUGCUUGUUUAUUUACAUGUUAAUAAAUGUAAUAUAAGUGAUAUAGCAUGAGUUCGUUCUA